GCCACUUCGGCUAACGUCGAGUCGACUCUUUUGGACCUUUCUUUUCCUCAGUCUCUUCUGUUUGUUUUUGUCGUGCUUUUGUGUGUGAAGACUCUGCGAUGGUUGUGUUAGAUAGCAAUAACUGUGACGAGCAGGAUGUAAUGUAAGUGUAUUUUUUUAGCUUGUGAAUUAGCCGUUAGCCAACCGUUUGCUCUUUCAGCGCAGACACGUCAGUUGUUAUUGUUAACACGUCUGAUUUGCCUCUCAGUAUAUGUUUUGGCGUUCACUGUUUUUCAUAAAUAAACUCAUAAUAGUGCUGUUUGGUUAAUACUACCCCACCGGCGUAAUGAUUAUUAAUGACACGUAACGUUAACGUUAAAUACUACGGUUUGUUCCGUAGCUAACGUAAAUCCUAUCGUGUCUGAUAAUCAUUUAUUAAAAUAUAAUAGCAAUCAUGCUAGUUUAGAAUAAAUCCUCUAUAUCGUAAUUAAAUAAGGACAUCAAUUAUAAAAAAAUAAUAGCAAUCAUGCUUGUUUAAAAUAAAUGGUAUAUUUUGUCUUAUAUGUAGGUCAUUUUAUGUUCGGGUCUUGACCAAAGGCACCUGCUUCCUGAUAAACAAUAGGCAGAAAUACAAUCGAUAGUGAAACUUGAAGGCGUUUAGAUUAGAUCUGUAUAUAUUUAGUAAAUCAAAGCUGUGACCUAUUUCCUCUUAAAGCAUCAAGCAUGAACUAUAAAUAGAUGCUCAUAAAUUGGUCUCAGUUGAGAUUAGUAGCAUCUGCCUGCACCCCGGAGGCUGCACUUUCAGGACCACAUUUCUAGGACCCUAGGUCUUGAGCAACAGCGACGAGGUGUUUUUCUGAAGUAUGGACGGCAGUAGAGGCCUGAUCGAACGACGCUGCUCAUCUCUACCCAGUUCUCCUGCAAAACGUGCUUCUCCUGCCAAAAAGAAGCAGUUCUUCAUAAAUCAGGCCAUCCGUAACUCUGAUCUCACCCCGAGAGCUAAGGGCAGAAAGAGUCUGAGACGACUGGAAAACACUCGUUUUCUGGACAAUCUUUUGGACCAAGACGAGUGCUCUCUAGAAGAUGGUGAAGGAUGUGAGACAGCCUCACCCACCAUCUUCACUGAAGCCUGCACCAAUGGAAACUAUGUUGAGUACUGGAGUGAUUUUAUGAAUCGUUCUGGUGAGGAGCAAGAGAGACUGUUGGCUCUGCUCGAAGAAGAGGCGCAGAGGACCCACUCCCCCAAGAGCCAUAAAGACCAAAGAGAGGUAAAUCCUGCCUUCAGCGCUCAGGAAUGUUUCCAGAGGAUUGAUCGAAGGUUGCGCACGACGCUGCGACGCAGACAUAUUCCCAUGGGGGUGUUGGAGAGUCUGGAGUCUGAUCUGCUAGCAUUCUUCAUGGCACAUCCACACUCAAUUUACAUAACCAAACUCGGAAGCAGUUAUGAGCGACUGCUGCUUCAUGCUGUCUGUCAGUAUAUGGAUCUGACCUCUGCCAGCUCUGGUUUUAAUGGAGCUCGGCAAACAAAGGUGCUGAACAAGCAGGAAGCUUUUCUCCCUCCUGAACCUUUGCUGUCUGCCUACCUGGAGAAACUGAACUAAACCGCCUUAAAUCCUGGCCAAGACCUACACCGGUGCUGUUGAUCCAGCUAGAACCAGCACCACUGCCCAUCACCUGGCCAGCGUAAACUCUGAAGCAACAUCAAGAUCAUAAGAUCUGGCUUGGAGGUCUUCUGUAGGAGAGACUGACUAGAGAUAUGUACUCAGUCAUCCCCUUUUCAGUGCGUUUUCUGAUCUUUUGGAGCACUUAUUAGUACACUUGUAUUUAUAAAUUCAAUUCAAUUCAAUUCAAGUUUAUUUAUAUAGCGCUUUUCACAAUGUGUAUUGUUUCAAAGCAGCUUUACAGGGGCAAACAAGAAAAACAGAAAAGUUAAAACACAGCACAGUGCAUGGUAUUUAUACAACGAGUAAGUUCAUUCUAAUAAAUAACAUCUAAUUUCUAAAUAAAUAAAUGAAUGAAUGCAGUCUCCCGGUGAGCAGGCCAACACUGCCCUAAAUGAUCUGAUACUUCAGUGGUGUGGCGUCAUUGUAAAAAAACGAUUGAGAAUAUAAUUUGAUAAUGAAUUCUUUUGAUGUUUGGGGCCUCAGCAUGAAAUAAAUGUACAACUCAAGGGAACAUCAUUAACAUAUGCACACACAUCAAUUUUAUGCAAAUUAUAUUUGUUUAUACCUGCAAACAGGUUUAGUAAUUCAACAGACAUACUGCAACCGGUUUUACGAUGUUUCCCGUCUACACUACAGCUCUUUUACUCUAGAACUUGUAGUGAAAACAGCUCUUCUGUUUUUGCCCCUCAGGCAGUUAUUUUCAAUUUACAAACAUGCACUUACAACUCUGCCUAUUUGCAUAUACCAUUUUGUCUAUUCAUUUUUGUGAUUAAUAUGCCGAGCCUUUGCCUCAAGGCUGUUAUGGUUUACGUACUGUGUAGGAAAAAUAUUUUAUACCAUCAUAGUCCUAAAAACACUUGAGCAGCUGUUGCAUUGGUGUUUAUAACCAAAGUGUAUGUGUAAAUUUAUUCACAUGCAUCAAGCUUCAUGAAUGUGGACGUGAACCUUUACAGUAGUUAAGAAAACAAAUAUUAGUCGUAGUAGUGAGUGUUGCAUUUCUGGGGAGAAGUGGGCUUUUUACAAAAAAAUUGUGUGCCAGUUAUUAAGUUUAAUAGUAUUUAUUCAGAACAUGAAUAUACACACUGAUGAACACUUCAUUUUUGUUCACGGAAAAUAUCUGUACCAAAAACAAAUAAUAGGAUGUGCUUAAAAUGAAUGUCAUAGUUGUUGUGUGGUGAUAGUAUGGAUUGAAUGCAAUUGAGCAUUCAUGUGCGCUUAAACAAAAAAAUAAAUAACUUAAUGCUUGUUAUAA